ACAGGCUCAAAGAGUCGGCUCAAAGAGUCGACUCGUUUCAUAGGCAUCGAAUUUGCUGAAGUAUAAAUGAGUCCGCAUGGGGCGUUUCGCCGCAGUUUAGACUGAUGAUGGCCCCCAGAGGAGUACACACACUGCUUUUAGCUUUACUCUGGACUACAUUUUCCAGCUCCACACUCGGGAUUCAUCUGCAUAAGGCGAGGAUCCGAGUGAAGAGUGAAAAUGCAGAAUUUCUCAGUUUUAAUACAUCAAGUGGACACAUGAUUGAUAACCUGAAGCUGAUCCGUGAUCCCCACAGUGUAAACAUCUAUGCAGGAAGUCCUCAGGGCCUGUACAUGUUAAAUCCAGGAGAACAUCCAGCAGUGAAGCAGGUGCAUGUGCCAAUAUUUGAACGGGAAUGCAAGAGCAAUCCUACUGAUUGUGAAUACAAAAUCACUCUGCUGAAAGAGGGGAGGAAUGGAAAUCCACUGUUCAUGUGUGGAUCCAGAAAAGGGAAUACAAAGUGCUGUGAUGUGAGCUCAGAGAACAUUCCCGUGAACUGCUCCAUACUGAUGCAUCCAACACAAAUCGAUGACCCGUCUUUGCACGUUGGUGACUCGCUAUAUUACACAGUCUCGAGUGGGAAGAGUGAACAAACUAGCGAAGGCCUUUACAGAUGGACCGCUGACGGAAUCACCUGGACACAGUCGAGACAAACCGAGCAGAGGAAUGUAAAAAUUUUAGCAAAUGAAGGCAAUGGGUCACUGGAUGGAAAAGUGUACUCCUUCUUCAUCGAGCAGAACCAGAACCAGGAUCUGGACUCGGACAUGACCCUCUGGAUACCGCGAGUUUCUCAGAUCUGCAUGGCGGAUCGGGGUGGCAGUAAAUCAGUUCUGCAGUACCGCUGGACAUCCAUGUUGACCGCACGCCUGUUUUGCGGCGAUGAGAAGAAGCGGAUCUCGUAUACCGAGCUGCUGGACGUUGCUGUGCUGGAAGCUACAGACUGGAAAAACACCGCAAUUUACGCCCUCUUCAAAAAUGCCUACGACUUGAGAGCCGUGUGUGUUUACAAAAUGUCCGACAUCAUUCGGGUCUUCACGAGCAACACAUUCAAAGAUGAAUCUGAGAGGUUUUCUUCACCACGUCCUGGAGAGUGUGUAGAAGACAGUCGUACGUUAUCACCAAGUUUUCUGAAGUUUAUGACACGUCGUCCGGAGUUGAAGCAGUGGAUUAAGCCUGCACGGGACCCUCUGUUGUUCGACCACCAUCACUACACACUCCUGCAGGUGGACAGAGUGAAGAGCAAGAGAUCAGAAAACAGUCAUCAUAAUGUCCUCCUCAUGAGUCUAGACAAUGGCAAGGUCCAUAAAGUCCUGGAGCAGGAUGGUGACCCCUUCAUCAUCGCCGAGUACGAGCCCUUUAAAACCAGGACACACAUCUCCAGCAUGCUGCUCGACAGUACAACAAAAAAGCUGUACGUGAGCUCCAACAGCGAGGUGAUCCGGAUCGACCUGCAGGACUGCAGCGUGUACGGGAAACACUGCGAGACCUGUGUGAUGGCCCGAGACCCGUACUGCAGCUGGUCCUUGGCGAUAUGUUCAGCUCAACUUGGAUCCUUUCAAGAUGUGACCCAUGGAAAUCACUCUGUAUGUGAAAAUGAUGUCCCCAAAAUCAGUGAGUCUCGGACAAAUAGCAAGAGAGACCUUCCUAGCAGCGUCCCUCGAGACUCUAAGUUCUACCUUAGUUGUCCCAUGGAAUCCCAGCAUGCAUCAUAUGUUUGGGACCACCAGGGCAGGAGAAGGGAGUGUGUCUCAACUGAACAGGACUGCCUUUUGAUGAUCGACAGCAUGAGCGAAAAGGACGAGGGCGUUUAUGAAUGCGUCUCCUCAGAGAACGGCUACGACAGGACGAUCGUCCGUCAGGAGCUGCUGAUGAACUCCGCCUCGGAGACCAGAACGACUCGCGUCACGUCAGCGUUAGCGUGCCUUCUGUUCCUGAUCUCUGUGAUCUGCUAGCGCUGUCUGGAUGUUGAAUUCACGUCGUGCCUUUCUCAGAACGAAGGUUGAUAUCGAUAGUGAUAGAACAAAGCAAAUACUGGUUAGAUGUUGAUAUGAGGGAAUUAAACCAGUGCUCACGGACCCGCUAAUAGAUGACGCAGACACCGCCUCGACUUUUGUAGCGAACUGAACCCUUUCUCAAAGUUUUCUAAAUGCAAUAACACACACACACAAACCAUGAAUAGUAAUGUUACAACAGAAGAGACACAAUAAGACAAGAACACACCCACCGCUGUUCAUCUUCCUGUGUUCACCGGAGUUACCGACGUUUCAUCACCCAUAUCCUACAUCAUCCUGCCUUUGUUGAACUCAAGUUUAUCGAGCACAGAGACUGACGAGCAUCCACGAGUUUCCACAUUUUACCCAACCACAAAGUGUGAAACCAUGUUUACUGUGACAGACGUGUUUUACACAACCAUGCUUAAGAUGCACAGAGCAACAUACUGUAGUGUUGUAAGUUACUCCGAAGUAUUAAGAGCAUUUGCACUUUUUUCUCCACCCGUGGGUCACGUAAUUUAUUACCUUCUUCUUGUUCCUGUCGUAUAUUAACUUCCCGCUUUUGGUUUGCAUGUAUAGAAUAGAAUUUAUAUUAAGACCAAUUAAAAUCACUAUUUUACUAAGA